CUCAGCGAGAAAACAAGCUUUUGUUAUCGUAUACAGUUUCCCGAUCGUAGUGUGUCAGUUUUCUUUUUCUUGAUUGUAUAAGGAACUCGCGUAGGUGCACACGUCAUCAAAUCACGUUCGCAAUCGACGAAGAUUGGCGGAACCAGAACGAUGACAUCACCGCCUAAACACUAUCAGAACCAGUCGGAGAGUCCACAUUGCAACAAGUUGGUCAAUCGGCUUAACUUAGCGUCGUUGUCUUUGCGGCCACGAUGGCGAGUCAUGGUUCUCGGUCAUCAUUCCGUCGGCAAAUCUGCGUUCGUAGUUCGUUUUCUGACGCGCCGAUUCAUUGGCGACUACGACCCCAAAUUAGAAAGAUGCUAUCCAGUGAACACAACUCUAAACGGCGAUCACGUCAUGCUGGAGCUUUUGGACAGCGGAGGACAUCACCUGGAGGUACGUGCUAACAAAGGAAGACACUGGCUUUGCCUGAGCAACGAAGAUGAUGGGAGUCAAUCAGACUUAGAAGCCAAGAUCCGUUGGGCUGAUGCUUUUAUCCUUUUAUACUCUGUCACGGACAAAUGCUCGUUUGACGAAUGCUGUCGUCUCCGUUUCCUCAUUGGGUACAACAAGCGUCGACGGAGACAUUUGUUUGGUUCAGCUUUCGGCAACAGUCACGGUCUGAGCGCCGAAAUAAUGGGUUCCUCAUCGAGUGUGAUCUUGGUAGCCAACAAGGUUGACCAGGUGGAAGACAGAAUGGUCAGCACCGAAGAAGGAGAAAAACGGAGUCGGGACUUGGGAUGUGAUCUCUUCUUCGAAAUAUCAGUCCGAGAGGAAGUUGACGUUGCCAAAAGAGUUAUGGACGAUUUGUACUUUCGGUGGAAGUACAAUCAGUCUCACCACCAUCACCACCACCUGCCACAACAGCAACCACAUCAUCCCAUUGCAACGACACCGAAUGGCUCAUCACACCACUUUGGCCGACGAUGUUUGGAAACAUUCGCAGGUCGAUGUUCAGCCAACAAGAGUAACAGCAUGGAUGUCAUCAGCGAAAGGGAAGACGGCGCAUUGCCCAUAUCCCUAUCAUUAGAAUCACCACUACCUGAUGUGGCUACAGACAACAUUUCAUUAGAGGACAAGUUUCGUUCUCGAGCUUCCACGGAAGGCAGCUUGAAUUUCAGGAAUAAGCGCGUCAUUCAUCGUUGUGUGCAGCCUGCAACGCCUCAUCUCGAUCAACCAGCAGUGCCCACUACGUGUAACAUAACCAACAAGAGGCCUGCUCGUCGAAUGAGUAUCAGCUUAAGAGGCGCUAGCAGUGCAUUCUAAAUCUAUUUUACGUUUGCUUCUUGCUGUUAUUGUGUAAUUUUAAUGACAUGUUGAAAUGUGUUUUCACUGCAACGAAGCCAGUUUUAAAAAUAUUUAAGACAAAACUGAAUCCUCUUUUUAUAAA